GCAUGAUACGGCCCUUGCGCGAGUCAUCGGCUUCAUCCGUCCGCCCCAGUCACAGUCCACCCUGAGCGUUACAGAAACUGUAUUUUUAUAUAUUUUUUCAUCGCUGUCUGUCCGUUACGCGCUACGAUGGCUGACCCGAAGUAUGCCAACCUGCCGGGCAUCGCAUCUAAUGAGCCGGAUGUGUAUGAGACCAAUGAUCUGCCCGAGGAUGACCAGGCCCAGUUUGAGUCGGAAGAGUUGUGCAGUGACAGCGUGGAACGCAUCGUCGUCAAUCCAAACGCCGCCUACGACAAAUUUAAAGACAAACACAUCAGCACCAAGGGUCUGGACUUCUCAGAACGCAUCAGUAAGAGUCGCAGGGUGGGUUAUGAGUCUGGAGAUUAUGAGCUGCUGGCUGAGGGCUGUGGGCUGAAGGAAACUCCUCAGCAGAAAUAUCAACGACUGGUCAAUGAGAUUCAUGAGCUCUGCCAAGAUGUGGAGAACAUUCAGGUCAGCACUAAAGAAAGCAGCGCAGAAGAGCGUUUGACUCCGGUGGCUUUGGCUCAGCAGGCGGCGCAGCUCAAACAGCAGCUGGUUUCUGCUCAUUUGGACUCUCUGCUCGGUCCCAACGCUAACAUCAAUCUCACUGACCCCGACGGAGCUCUCGCUAAACGCUUGCUGACUCAGUUGGAGGUGGCACGGGGCGUCCGGAGCGGUGGGGCGGGAGAGGGCAAGGCCGCGGCACCCAGAGGCCCAGACGGAGUGAUUCUGUACGAGCUUCACAGCCGACCAGAGCAAGAGAAGUUUACCGAGGCUGCCAAGAUCUCUGACCUGGAGAGGAGGUUGGCUGAAUUGGAGUCGUCUGUGGGCUCAGGGUCAGAUAAACAGGGUCCUCUCAGCGCCGGGGUGCAGGGAGCCAGUCUGACGGACACUAUUGAACUUCUCCAGGCUCGGGUCAACGCGCUGGACGCUGCCACUCUGGACCAGGUUGAAGCGAGACUUCAGAGCGUUCUGGGGAAGAUGAACGAAAUAGCAAAGCACAAGGCGGCCGUCGAAGACGCUGAAACCCAGAAUAAGGUGUCGCAGCUGUACGAUGUCGUUCAGAAGUGGGAUGCGAUGGCCACUUCACUGCCGCAGGUGGUGCAGCGUCUAAUGGCCGUUAAAGAGCUGCACGAACAAGCGAUGCAGUUCGGUCAGCUGCUCACACACCUGGAUACGACACAACAGAUGAUCAAUAACUCGCUGAAGGACAACACCACUCUUCUAACACAGGUCCAGCAAACCAUGAAGGAGAACCUGGUUGCAGUAGAGGAGAACUUUGCUACCCUGGAUCAGAGAAUGAAGAAGCUCUCCAAAUAAAAGCUCUUUUUAUGUGAGAAGAGGGAAUGAGAAACUCAUCCUCCUCCACUGUUUUCAAGCUCUUUUCCUCGUAUGUCCUUUUUGUUUUUCAAAACAGAUGAAAUGCAGUUGAAGGUUGAGACCAAAUGUCACACUACAGAACAUCUAAACCUGAAGUCUCUCUGUGGAGCUGAGAGGGGUUUCUCAUCGAGAUACUGUAACUUAUUUAAAUACACACAAUACAGUGGCAAUGUCUUAAUUCAUACUCCUGUUUGCAGAAUGAUCUAGUGUCUUUAGUUGUGUAGCAUCGCUAUCAUUAUUUCUGAUAGAUCUGGACGAGCAGAUGUUGUGUAUAUACAGGACAGGUCUGUGUGUAACUGAACCUGUUCUUAUGAGUUAUUGCUUGUAACCACUAUGUAUUAUUGCAAAGUGCAACGUUCCACAUAUUAUGAUUGAUUUUCCAAGAUAGAAUUUCAAAAGCAUCUCUGGAUGUGAUAAAAAAUUAAACAUGCUUUCAAAAACCAGUGUUUCAUUU